AUGGCGGUCCCGCUCGUGCUCGUCGUGCUCCCGCUUGGCCUGCUCUUCCUCCUGUCCGGCCUCAUAGUCAACACCAUCCAGGCCAUCCUAUUUGUGACAAUAAGGCCCUUUUCGAAGAGCUUCUACCGCCGGAUCAACAGAUUCUUGGCCGAGCUGCUGUGGCUUCAGCUUGUCUGGGUGGUGGACUGGUGGGCAGGUGUUAAGGUACAACUGCAUGCAGAUGAGGAAACUUACCGGUCAAUGGGUAAAGAGCAUGCACUCAUCAUAUCAAAUCAUCGGAGUGAUAUUGAUUGGCUUAUUGGAUGGAUAUUGGCCCAGCGCUCAGGGUGCCUUGGAAGUGCGCUUGCUGUGAUGAAGAAGUCAUCCAAGUUCCUUCCAUGGGGUCUCCAAAGGUUGAAAGACUUCCCUAGACCAUUUUGGCUAGCUCUUUUCGUUGAGGUACCCGCUUUACUCCAGCAAAGCUUCUCGCAGCUCAGGGUAUGCAGCUUCCAGGACUUACCGGCUCCUAGAAAUGUACUUAUUCCACGUACCAAGGAUGCCUUACUGGACAAGCAUUUGGCAACAGGCACUUUCGAUGAGGAGAUUAGACCUAUUGGCCGUCCAGUGAAAUCAUUGCUGGUGACCCUGUUUUGGUCAUUCCUCCUGUUGUUUGGUGCCAUCAAGUUCUUCCAGUGGACACAGCUCCUAUCGACAUGGAGGUGCAGCAUUCACUGCUGCAGGGAUGGCACUUGUGACAGGGGGUCAUGCAUGUCUUCAUCAUGUUCUCCCAGGCUGGUGGUCGAGCUCAGCCAAAGGCUGACUCUGAAACGGUCAAGAAGGAAUGAAAAUGGAGAGUUGGAGAUGAGAUGCUGGGGUUUAUUAUGGCCGUCCUUCAAAAGGGUUGCAGAUUGA